AUUAAAUUUAUAUUAAAUUAAUACUUUAUUUUAUCAUGUGGACAUGAUCAUAAUAAUAAAGAAUUUAUGUGAUGACCAUUAAUGAAAUUUAUGUUUACAAAACGACAUGAAGACAGCUCAGGCAGAAGUGGGAAGUAUGUUUUAAUUAAGACAAUUCUAUAAAGUAAUAAAAGAAUCUAAUCCUGCACCAAUCAUAUUUCAUUUUCAAGGCAACAGUGAUCACUAGGGCACUAACAGUAUCAAUAGAGCUCAACCCAUAUUGUCUUGCAUUGAUUCUUUUUGGACUUUGAUAUUAUUUAAAUCACGAUUUGGAGAGAAACCAAAGGCAAAAUGGCAGAUGCUUGCGUGUAAAGAUUCGUUAAUCUGCAAAGAAAAUUAUAUAAUAAUUAAUGAAGAUGUUUAGAUACAGACAGAUAAGUAAGUUUCUGCAGAAUACUGCAAGGAGAAAACUAGCAGGUAUCCUGGAGAGAUAGCAAGCAAAGUUGAUUUCUUCAGGGGAGGAUUUGAAAAUGGCAGCAAGAUGUUAUUACAAGGAUCUCUUGCCUCUUACAGCAAUGCUUGUAACUGUUAUUAUUGGUGUUGGCUCAAACAUUCUAUUCAAAGCUGCUUCUUUGAAAGGGAUGAGCUACCUUGUCUUCCUCUUUUACUCUAACUUUAUUAACACUCUUCUCAUGCUUCCAGUUCCCUUUCUCCUUUGCCGAACUGUGUUUCCCUUGUUCAAGUUCCCUCUUCUCUCUAGAAUCUGUGCCAUUGGGACUAUUGGGCUAUUUUGUCAACUCAUAGGAUAUAAAGGAAUCCAAUAUAGUUCUCCAACAAUGGCUUCUGCAAUGAGCAAUCUCAUGCCAGCUUGGACUUUCUUAUUUGCAGGCAUUUUCAGGAUGGAAAAACUGGAUUGGAGGAGCUCAAGCACUCAGAGUAAAAUCAUUGGUACAAUAGUUUCAAUAAUGGGUGCAUUAAUGAUGGUUCUCUACAAAGGACCAAAACUUGAGUCAUCAACUUCAUCAAAAACUUCACCCAUUUCACUUCAUCAUCAGCAUAUGGGAUCUCCACUGUCACAUUGGCUCAUUGGUGGACUUUUUCUUGGCAUCCAGCAUAUUGGCUUUGCAUUCAUUUACAUUCUUCAGACCCAAAUCAUGCAAAUAUGUCCAUCAGAGAUCCUUUUAACAUUCGCCUGCUUCCUGUACACUACUAUAAUAGCAGCACCAGUUUGUUUUAUAGCAGAACCAGAGCUGAGUGCUUGGAGAAUAAGCCCUGAUAUAACAAUGGUUUCGAUUCUAUAUGCGGGAGUUCUUGGAGGAGCUUUUCUGGGUAUUAUGCACUUAUGGUGUCUGCACUUGAAGGGCCCUGUAUAUGUAGCAGCGUUUUCUCCGCUGACAAUCGCCGUAGCAGCCGCCAUGGCUAGUGCAUUCCUUGGAGAAGCUCUUCAUCUAGGGAGUGUGAUUGGAGCAGUUCUGAUAACGAGUGGAGUGUACUCUGUGAUAUGGGGAAAGGCAAAAGAAGAAGAAAUGAGAGAGAUAUUGAGCUCUAGUAGCACGGUAUCUCCUUUGUUGAAAGCUCAUGGAGUUGAAGAAUCUCUGAACAAAAGUGAAUGUUAAAGUUAGUAUUUAUGUAUAUUUUAAAAAAUGCAUUAUAAUAAAUAAAUAAAUAAAAGCUAACACAAAGCAACAAGUUCAUAUAUAUAGUAAAUUAUUAAAUAUUUUUUUAUAU